AUGGAUAGGAAACAAGCAGACAUUCCGUUGUGCAUUCAGCAGCCACGUCAAAUGGCUUCAUCCCAUACCUUCGAUCGGCCCUCUGAAGCAGUCUCAGCCGGCGCCUUAUCGGUUCCCCUACACCCCGAGUGUAAAUUUUUGGCUAAGGUCAAGAUCGAUAUGCACAAGAACCCUACGAGUGCAUUCGACAUGGGGCCCGAAUACAACCAAUGGUUCACGGAUCGCGUAGGUUACCAAGUAAAACUGCUUUACAUUGGCAACUUCCGAAGGGGAGUGUUAGGCAACUUACCUCCCAAGAUACCCACAAAGGUCUUUAACAUUGCCAAUGCGUUGUCUGCGAUCGUGGUCCUACACGGUCUGGUGCUGCUAUUACUUUCCGGCGCUACAGCACUAGUGAUCAGCAAGAAACCAUGCUCUCUCGCGUCGACUGGAUUGGCGAUCGGGGGGAAAAAGGAAGGGAUCACAUUCGCCGAUCUAGCUCCAUUUCUGGUUAUUUCCACACGAAGCCACGAGAAUGUUGAACAGAGACUCCCAAACGGCCAAAGCCUUGACAUCACCAAGUUCCGAGCCAACAUAAUUAUCGAGGGCGCGAACGAAGCAUUUUCCGAAGACUUCUGGGCUGAGCUUCGAAUUGGAGACAGUGCACAGAUAAGCCUUACGCAGAAUUGUGCUCGUUGCAAUAGCCUGAAUGUUAACUAUUCCACUGGAAGAAUCGCACCCGGGGAGACGGGAAAAAUCCUGAAGACGUUGAGCAAGGACCGCAGAGUCGAUCCAGGAACGAAAUGGAGCCCUGUGUUUGGUAGAUACGGUUUCUUGACCAAGGGGCAAGACUCAGCAGGUGCUAUCCUCCGCUUGGGCGAUAGAGUCGACAUCCUUGCUUGUAAUCAAGCCCGUUCAAUCAUGGGGCGUCUCAAGGAGGCGUGGUAG